AUGGAAAAAUCCAAAAAUUUCCGCAUCGACGCCCUGCUGGCCGUGGACCCCCCGCGAGCCGCCUCGGCGCAGAGCGCGCCGCUGGCCUUGGUCACGUCGCUCGCGGCCGCCGCAUCUGGCCCCGGCGGCGGCGGGGCGAGCAGCGGGACGAGUGGCAGCUGCAGCCCCGCGACCUCGGAGCCGCCCACGGCGCCCGCGGACCGCCUGCGAGCCGAGAGCCCGUCGCCGCCGCGCCUGCUGGCCGCGCACUGCGCUCUGCUGCCCAAGCCCGGCUUCCUGGGCGCGGGCGGCGGCGGCGGCGGCGGCGGCGGGCCGGGGGGGUCCCACCACCACGCGCACCCCGGCGCCACCGCCGCCGCCGCCGCUGCCGCCGCCGCCGCCGCCGCGGGGGGCCUGGCGCUGGGGCUGCACCCGGGGGGCGCCCAGGGCGGCGCGGGCCUCCCGGCGCAGGCGGCGCUCUACGGCCACCCGGUGUACGGCUACUCGGCGGCGGCGGCGGCGCUGGCCGGACAGCACCCGGCGCUGUCCUACGCGUACCCGCAGGUGCAGGGCGCGCACGCCGCGCACCCCGCCGACCCCAUCAAGCUGGGCGCCGGCACCUUCCAGCUGGACCAGUGGCUGCGCGCGUCCACCGCGGGCAUGAUCCUGCCCAAGAUGCCCGACUUCAACUCCCAGGCGCAGUCCAGCCUCCUGGGAAAGUGCCGCCGGCCGCGCACGGCCUUCACCAGCCAGCAGCUGCUCGAGCUGGAGCACCAGUUCAAGCUCAACAAAUACCUGUCGCGGCCCAAGCGCUUCGAGGUGGCCACCUCGCUCAUGCUCACCGAGACCCAGGUGAAGAUCUGGUUCCAGAACCGGCGGAUGAAAUGGAAACGCAGCAAAAAGGCCAAGGAACAGGCGGCGCAGGAGGCCGAGAAGCAGAGGGGCGGCGGCGCCGAGGACAAGGGCCAGGAGGAGCUGCUGGGGCCGCCCGCGGCCGGGGACAAGGGCAGCGGACGCCGCCUGCGGGACUUGAGGGACAGUGACCCCGAGGAGGACGAGGACGACGACCACGAGGACCAUUUCCCCUACAGCAACGGCGCCAGCGUCCCCGCCGCCGCCUCCGACUGCUCCUCGGAGGACGACCCGCUGUCCCCGCGGCCCGGCGGGCCCGGCCACCAGCCCCCGCCCCAGUAG